CCCGCCUCCCAAUCCCCCCCCCCCUCUACCCUCCAAAAAAGAACCCGACAAAACAUCCCAAUCCCCGAAACCCCGCCCCGCAAACCCACCCCAAACCUCCAAUACACACAAUGUCCGACACCUUCUCCCCUGCCGACGUAGCCAAGCACGCCGCCGUCGACGACGGCCUCUACAUCAUCAUCGACGACGGCGUGUACAGCAUGGCCAGCUUCGUCGACGAGCACCCGGGCGGCGCCAAAAUCCUGAAGCGCGUGGGCGGCAAGGAUGCGAGUAAGCAGUUUUGGAAGUAUCAUAACGAGAGCGUGCUGAAGAAGUAUGCGCCGAAGUUGAAGAUUGGGACGGUCAAGGAGGGGGCGAAGCUAUAGGUGGGCGGCGGGUGUGGGGAUAUGGGAUUUGCGUGGUUUGGGAUGGAGGAGGAUAGAUGGGGUGAGGAUAGCGGGUGCCAGCGUUUGAGCGUUGGAUUGUCGAGCGUUGGUAGAGCCGGGUGGUGUAUGAUGACAUAUGCUGUAUGGUUAUGCGCGGAAGGGAGCGAUAUAAGGAGAGGUAGAGUUAGAGGGGCUGAGGAUUGUGGUCGACGGUUCGAUUUAGAUUUCAGUACAUAUUCAAGCAUUGUCGCAUUUCCAACUUAGACACGAGCACAUGCUACCGCUUUCACGAACUUAUACCUGCUUCGUCCAACAUGUAGAUUCACGAUGUAAUAAGUACAACAUACGCACCAAUUCAAAGCAAGUAGAGUAA